GCCAGAGCAUCUUGCACAGUUCUCUCACUUUCAAAGCCAGCUGAAGGCAGGAGAAAGCACGGAGAGAGAGAACUCCUUCGGUGUCUCUGUCUGGACCUGCUUCUCAGAAGGCUGAAAGAUGAUGGCAGGACUGAACAUCCAGCUGGUGUGCCUGAUGCUUCUGGCUUUCAGCUCCUGGAGUCUUUGCUCAGACUCCGAAGAGGACAUGAGAGCCUUAGAGGCAGACUUAUUGACAAACAUGCAUGCGUCAAAGAUCAGUAAAUCAAGUCCUCCCUCUUGGAAAAUGACCUUGCUAAAUGUUUGCAGCCUUAUCAAUAACGUGAACAGCCCAGCUGAUGAAGCAGCAGGAGAAAUGCACGAAGAUGAUCUUGUUGGAAAAAGGAAACUCCCCAUCGUUCUUGAUGGCUUUAGCUUGGAAGCAAUGCUGACCAUAAUCCAGCUGCAAAAAAUCUGCCACAGCAGGGCCUUCCAACACUGGGAGAUGAUUCAGGAAGAUAUUCUUGACAAUGGCAAUGACAAAACUGAGAAGGAAGAAGUGAUAAAGAGAAAGAUCCCUUACAUUCUGAAAAGGCAAUUGUAUGAGAGUAAACCGAGAAGGCCCUACAUACUCAAGAGGGGCACCUACUACUACUAAGAAGCUGACUCUCGACACGUGAUUGUGAUUGACCCCUCUUUACCUAGAUAUAUGAUCAUGUGGUCACCUAGAUACAUAGUUACAUGAGUGUGUAAAUGUGACAGAACUUGAUUAUUUCAUCUCUGCCACAAUUGUGCUCUAUUGGAUGUUAUUUCUCUGCAUUCCUGUCGAUUAAACUAAAUGAUUUCAAAUAAAUGUAGAGCUCCAGCAUGAUGUGUUCUGUAUAAUUGGACUAGGUAAUAAUCAUAACACAUAUAGGACCUUUUGCAAUUUUGCAAAAUAUAUUACAGGAUAUCCGAACAGUCAUCACAUUUGGCAUUUUAUGUGAAAACAUAAGAGAUUAUAACAAAGUUGAGCACACAUCGCCAAUCCAAAGCAGAACAAUGGCACCAUUUGGAUCAUUUGAUUGCUUUCAUUUUUUUGAUUGAAAGAAAUAUACACUACUUUCCAAAAACCACCGGUUCAUCCCUCAGUACAAAAACAAAGUUAUUGUCAUAAAAGGCCCAUCUGAAAGAAUUGUUAAUGAAACACUGUUAUUUAUGCUUAUCUUGGUGAGUGUAUUAUUAAAUAAAUAG